GCGCUUCUCACGAGAGAGUCAGCCUGUUCUCAGCAGUGGCGACGGGGAUCAUCACCAGUUGAAGAGACGACUAUCUACCCAGUCAAUCGCCAGCGGUCGAGAAGCUCAGAAUGUACCUGUCGAUUCGACGGCGACUGCUCAAGAGGUGAAUACUUAAUUGUGAAGCGUUUGUAUUCUGUAGUCGUGAAUUGAGUUGUGUUUUCGGACUAUUUUGCUUUGUAUCGAUAACUGCAGUGCCCAGACGCGUCCACAGCUAGCACCUUAGUCGAAGCGCAACAAAAAGAGCAGCUGUUGCUGAUGGUUGACUCAUUCGGUAUACCGUAUCGACCCAGUAAGAGUGAUAUCUGUACUAGAACAAGAAAGGUCUCGCCGAGGGCGUGAUUCCUUAGUUACCAUAUUAACAAAUAGCGGAAUAGUGAAUCGUUCACUUAUGCAAGAGCUUUCAGUUAUAUGCUAAUCGUUUGCUUUGUGUAGAGUGUAGUGUGCUUGAUAGCAGUUUAGCUUUGUAUUUCACUUAGUUCCACUUCUUUCUCGAUUUCGUCCCCCUGUAGUGUGGUUUGAAUGAAUCUCAGAACGGUCUGAACUCCUUUCAUGGGACAAAGGAAACGCUUUCAUUGGAAUUAAAAAUAUCAAUCCCAUCCAACAAACACAAGACGUCUCCUUGAGGAAGUGAUAGUGCGACACGAGAAGAAACCAGAAGCCAAUCAGUGAUAUAACAAAACACAGCACACAAAGAUAUAGGUACCGCUUGAGAUCAAGUGCAUGCGAGAGGUGACGUAGAAGCGUAUCGUGUGUUUAAAAAUAGUAGUGGUCUCCACCCGCACCUAGAUUAGCGUUAAGAAAGUGCGAAUAGUUUGAAUUGGUCGGAAUUCCGUCUCGACGUGAAAGUGCAGUUCAGUGUGAUACAAAUAGGUUUAGGUGGCUGUUGGCCGAAGAAAUUGAUCAAAACAACGAGAGCGAGAUAUCAAUUUGCGACACGAUAGUUCGACACGGUUAGACGCGGCAACGAUGGCGCUUAUUGAUAUCGAUCUGAUAACCGCUACGCUUUUUAAGACGCUGGUCAUUCCUGGGAUUAUAACGACGCUUUGGCUAUCCGAUUUAAUCUGUUUGACGACGUGCAAAAUCUGCAUCCUGGUGUUCGUGAUCAUCUUCAUUGUGUUGCCACUGAUAUUCAAAUUCUCGUUUGCCCUGCAGAAGAGCAUCCUGUUUCUGACGUUUAUCUCCUAUCCGCCAAAUCUUGAUCUCAAACGUCCGGAGAAGAGCGGACUGUACGCGACGCGUAACUUUUUCGUCACCUACCGGGACCAAGAAGAGGACAUCGAUGUGGAUGUCGCGGUGUGGCACGUGCUUCCCAAUGAUCUGGUUCGCCGGUUCGCCAAAGAACUGCAAAUUGAUGAGCCUACUCUAUCCAACAUGACCGCCCCGGAGGAUGUCCGAGAGAAGGUGGACGCAAUAGCUACCAAAGAUUCGUCGCAAUAUCGGGAAAUCGAGCGAAUUCUACACCGCCCGAACCUGAACCUGGACGAUAGUGCCACCCAGAAAGACCUGUUCGAGGAGACCCUACGGGCCACCACCAAUGAUAUUGUACUUUAUCUCCACGGGAACACUGCCUCACGGGGGGCUUCACAUCGAGUGGAUUUGUAUAAACUGCUGCGCAGCUUGAAUUACCACGUGGUGACCCUAGAUUACCGAGGGUACGGUGAUUCGGCCAACAUCUCCCCAACUGAGCGGGGAGUGGUGUACGAUGCCCUGGCCGUAUAUCAGUAUAUUACCAGUAUUAGUAAGAAUCCAGUUUACCUGUGGGGCCAUUCGCUGGGGACAGGUGUGGCCACACAUUUGCUGUCCCUGUUGACUGACAUGAGCUUGCCAGGACCGAAAGCAGUCGUUUUGGAAAGCCCCUUCAACAAUAUCCGGGAGGAAAUUUGUGCUCAUCCGUUCUCUAAGUUGUAUCGACAUCUUCCCUGGUUUGAUUACACCAUUUCGAGUCCCAUGUAUGCCAAUGAGUUGCGUUUCGAGUCGGAUCAGCACAUUGCCGAGUUCAGGCAGCCGGUGUUGAUUCUGCAUGCCGAGGAUGAUCACGUCGUUCCGUUCAACCUAGGUUAUAAGCUCUACCGCACCGCCCUGGACACUCGCGGAAAAUCGUGGGGCCCCAUCGAGUUCCAUCGGUUCGAGAAGACCAGCCACUACGGCCACCGGUACAUCUGCCGGGCACCGAACUUGCCGGAGAUUGUGAUCCACUUCUUCCGCACGUACCGCAACGAACAGUACUGAAUUGAGCAGCGCUGUUGCCCAACCGAGGUGAGUUUCAGGGCGCCAAACACCAAUCUGCUGCUUCCCAUAGGGGAGAGGGAGGAGUGAAAUACGCAGUUGUGAUUCUUUUUAUCAAAAUGAUAAUAAUUAUUAGUAGGAGACUAUUCAGCUCUGUAAGUUGGAGCGCAAUAGGCCAGGACAGGAUAGAUUUUUCCUUAAUUGAAGAAACGGAUCUUUUUGGAUAGAUUUUACCUGCUAGAGUAUCUAGAAAAAACGUAAAAUAAAGCAAACAUGUUGGUGAUUAAGUAAAUUGAGCUACUCUCUCAGUGAAUCGUGAAUUAGAACGUAGUUACCUAAUUCGAGACUCAACGUUUGAUUAAAGUAGCGGUAGAGAUGAACAUUUUUAGAUAGGAUUUAUGCAUGAUAUCCUUACCAAUUAUGGCAAGCAAUUUUCCCAUUUGAGGGUAGAAGAAUAAAAUUUACCUUAGAGUACAGUCGAAAA